AAAGGGUUUUGCUUUAUAGCUCAGUAAAUGAAAUUAAUAGCUAAUGUCCACCUUAAGACACCUUAGAGUUGAGUUCACGUGUAUUUUUAUGCAAAUGUUCCGCAUUCCUUUGAAUGUGAUCACUCUAUACUGAAUGACAUUGGCCAAAUUUGACAUCAUACUUCCUCCCUACACAUCACGUUCUCUUAAACUUUAAGCCAAAAAUGUCUCAUCCAGCCAAGCUGUAUUGUGUGCCACUCCAACUCUACGUUGUGUUUAUCGGCAUUUAGCACUAAUGUUCAAGCUCUGAGCUAAAAGCUACAGUUUCUCCUCAACUCCUGCCUCUCAAUUGGUGGAGAAUGGUCAGCUGACAUUGUCAUAUUGUCUCUCACCGAGCCAAGCCUCGGCUAUAACACUCGGGUUUGUGCGUCUUAACCGGAGAUUGGAAAUUAAUAAUAUUGAAUCCUCAAAGUAGCCCACGUCUAGUUAGAGAGGCAGAAAGUCGAGGGGGGAAAAGGAAGACCUUGGAGAAAGGUGUGGUUGGUUGACACACAACGGGAAAGAGAUUUACUGAGAAGGAGAUUGAAAAGAGACCGAUAAAGAAGUGGGGAGAGUUGGAGAGAGGGUUACAAGCAAGGUAUGAAUUCUUAUUUCGCAAACCCGUCGCUCUCCUGCCAUUUAUCCGGUGGUCAAGAUGUUUUGCCUAACGUACCCCUAAACUCCACCACCUAUGACACAGUCAGACAUUUUUCGUCGUACGGUGCUGCUGUGACCCAGAAUCGGAUAUAUGCACCUUUCUACUCGCCUCAAGAUAAUGUCGUUUUCGGGUCUGGCAGAGCACAGUAUGAAUAUGGAUCAAACGUGUUUCUUCAAGACAAGGACGUGCUCCCCAGUUGCAGACAAACAAACAUGGGACUCAAUACACAAAGCCACAUUGCUCAAGAGUACAGUUUGGAUCAAGGAAGAGCAGGAGCGCAGGACCAGAAAAGCAACAUCCCGAUCUACCCGUGGAUGCAGCGAAUGAACUCACACAGCGGAGUGGGCUACGGGACAGACAGACGCAGAGGACGUCAAAUAUACUCUCGCUACCAAACACUUGAGCUGGAGAAGGAGUUUCAUUUCAACCGCUACCUGACCAGGCGCAGACGCAUCGAAAUCGCGAAUGCGCUUUGUUUAACAGAGCGGCAGAUCAAAAUCUGGUUUCAGAACCGACGCAUGAAAUGGAAGAAAGAGAGCAACCUGACCUCCACGGUGACUGGAAGUGAACAGACAGGAGCCUCUCAAGAAGAGCAAGAGGAACGCAAUGGCGCGAUAGAAGAAGGGAAGGAUGAGGACAAGAAGAAAGAGUAGUUUAAAGAAACGAAGAAGAGGGUGGGAACACCUGAUGACCAUUAAAACCUAACAUAACUACCUAAAAAAAAAUCUGUAUGGACUUGAGAGCGACUUCACUGCAUGAUGGCUACCCCGCAGCUCUCCCACUUAUAUACCAUGUUGACCACAGGAGCGUUGAGCCUUAGAAAUCCAAAUAAUUUCAGCCACAGUAUGGCCCAUGUGACAUUUGGAGCGCUGAUUGUUUUUUUAUUAUUAUUAUUGCAAUGUCACACUUGUAUUGUGAAAAUAAAAAGAAGUAUUAAUUUGUACGUUAUUUCCCAUGCCAGUAAAAUCUAUGUAUUUAUCCCCCCACCUCCCAUCCAUCACUGUGAACUUUUUGAUCACCUCACAAAAUACAGUGUUGGUCAGACUUAACUCAAUAUUGUACAUGCACGUUCCACGGAAGGAAAAGGACCAGGCGGACUCUUCAUUUGAUCACAGUAUAAUCAAGUACUUGAAUCGGCCGCCGAAAGGUGCCCUGCAUAAACAUGAAAGUUGCACGGAUAUAGACUACAGUCCACACACACACACACACACACACACACACACACACACACACACACUGAAAUGCCUGUAUAUAAUCAAAAUAACAGUAUAUUGUGUAAAUCCUGUGAGGACCUAUGUGCAUUUAGCCGCUUUGAUAGACGCUGCAUAACAUAAAAUUGCGCUUAGCCCCCUUUUUUUGACCAUUUGACACAAUAGGCUUUCCUUGUGACAUAGAUUUGUACACUAGUAAUUCUUCACCUUUGUUUGGGAGUUACGAAUUCAUGUUUUGUCAUAAUUGUGUAUCAUGGAAUAAAAUAUUUGUUAAACUUU